GCUGGAUAAAUUCUGGGUUUGUGGGCCAGUUCCUGCGAUUUUUCCUGCCAAACGGGUCGAAAUGAGCGAGCAGUUCGUCCUGCGGUGGCACUACCAAGAAUUCACCCUCUUGAAAAACCUCACCUCCUUCCUAGAAAACGAUAUCCUCACCGACGUGACCAUUUCGGUCGAUUCGCACACGGUCAAGGCGCACAAGCUGGUGCUCGCGAUGUGCAGUGUUUACUUUUUCCAACUGUUCCAGGAAAUGGCCGACACGCAGCAUCCGGUCAUAGUGCUGCACAACGUGGCCUUGAGCGACAUCAAGGCCGUGCUCGCGUUCAUAUACAGGGGGCAGUGCGUGGUCGACAGGGAGCAGCUGCCGGGCCUGCUGUCGCUGGCGAGGUUGCUCAAGAUCCAGGGAUUGUGUGAUAUGAAGGUACCUGAUAAACCCAUCCAAGCCGACACAAGCGAUAAAAGACCUCCCCCCAAAGAAAUUCCACUCGAAACCCCGCCCAGACCCGACGAGCGCGACGCCACCCCGCCCAGACCGCCCCUCUGGGACAAACCCGCCGAGAAUUUCGCCGACGUCCCCUUGAAACCCGACGAAGACGACGACCCCUUCACCCUCUUCACCCGCAAACCCCCGAAAGACUUAUCCGAGACGUGCAAGUGUUUCCUUUGCGGCAAGUACCUGAGCAACCAGUACAACCUCCGCGUCCACAUGGAGACCCACGAGGAGGCCUACCACGCCUGCCAGUCCUGCCCGCACGUGUCCCGGAGCAGGGACGCCCUGCGCAAGCACGUGUCGUACCGCCACCCCGAGGAGUACCACACCAGGAAGCGGAAGAAAAUCACCUGAUCAAUACAGCCAUUUAUUCAUAUAAAUAAAAAUAAUACUUUAGA